AAAAACACACCCAACAAUAAUCCACCAGCAAUCUCAGUUCCCAAGUCUAACACACUCACAGACACACACAAAAAAAGAGACGUCCUUCUAAUAAAAACACCUUUGAGAGUAGUUGGAAGAAAAAAAAAAAAAAAAACAGUCGGAGAGUUUCCUUAUAAAAACAUUAAAAGGUAGAAGUGGUUUAUUUUUCUGGGUAAACGUGACACCGCCACCAUUAACAAUGGUGAAGAAGGAAACAUCGAGAGUAUUAGAUUUGAACCCACCAUCGUUACCCAAACGCCAUCACAUCAUCCUCAAAUUCUUAAUCUCUUUUCUAUUACUCGGUCUAGCUUUUCGUCUCUUCGUCUCCGAUUCUCUCAGCUUUUUCACUUCAUCCGUCGUCGAAGCACCGCCGCCGUUGGUGGAGGAGACGAAUGUCGUAAUUGAGCCUCCUCUUCCAGCCACUUCAGCAGGUGAUUUGUUGUCGGUAAAUGAGAGCAAAACGAUUCCAAACGAGGAGAUAUCAAUGUCUUUUAAUGAAUCAAAUGUUGCAGGUGAAUGUGAUCUAUUCGUGGGGGAUUGGGUACCCGACCCGUCGGCUCCGGCGUACACGAAUUCGAGUUGCCGUGAUAUCGAAGCUCAUCAAAAUUGUAUGAUGAACGGAAGACCCGAUUCCGGCUACCUUUAUUGGCGGUGGAAUCCACGGAGCUGUGAAUUACCGAGGUUUGACCCGGAAAAGUUCUUGGAUCUCAUGAAGAACAAAUGGUGGGCGUUCAUCGGCGAUUCCAUAUCUCGUAACCAUGUCCAAUCGUUUCUUUGCAUUCUCUCUCAGGUAGAGCAAGCCGUUGAGGUUUAUCAUGAUGAACAGUACAAAUCCAAAAGAUGGCAUUUUCCCUCUCACAAUUUCACCCUCUCAGUGAUUUGGUCCCCAUUCCUUUUGAAAGCUGACAUUUUCGAAGACAUAAACGGGGUUUCAUCGGCGGAAACUCAGCUCCAUCUCGACAAGCUCGACAAAACAUGGACUGACCAAUACGAGAACUUCGAUUAUGCUGUCAUCGCAGGUGGGAAAUGGUUUCUCAAGACUGCAAUAUACCACGAGAAUGGCACAGUGACGGGUUGCCAUUCUUGCUCGGGAAAGAAUUUGAUGGAAAUGAGCUUUGAGUAUGCAUACCGUAGGGCAUUGAAAUCGAUGCUGGACUUCAUGAUGGGGUCUGGUCGGAAAGCGUUUGUUUUCCUCCGGACCACGACGCCGGACCAUUUCGAGAACGGGGAAUGGUUUAGUGGAGGGACGUGUAAUAGGACCGGACCAUUUAAAGAAGGCGAAGUGGAUUUUAAAGAUGUGGAUGCCGAGAUGAGGGGUAUUGAGAUGGAGGAAUUCGAGAAAGCUUCGAUUGUAGGGGCUGAAAACGGGGUGACAUUGAAAUUGCUUGAUACCACUAGGAUGUCAAUGUUGCGGCCUGACGGUCACCCGGGACCUUAUCGGCAGUUUCAACCCUUUGCAAAGGAUAAAAAUGCCAAAGUGCAAAAUGAUUGCUUGCAUUGGUGCUUACCAGGGCCCAUAGAUUCAUGGAAUGAUAUACUAAUGGAGAUGGUAAUUAGAGGGGCACAUUGAUAAUUUAGCCAUUUUUUGGGGGACUUGAGUUGCAAAAAUGCUUUUAUUUUUAUUUUUAUUUUUUUUUUUUUAAUUUUAAAUUUUUGUUGAGAAGGAAGGGAUCAUGGUAUCCAAGUUGCUUGUAAUUACUUAUUUUUUUAACAUCACCAUAAGGUCCUAUUAAAUUCUCCAAAAGAAAUUAAAACCCAAUUUGAUGAAA